CGCUUCCGACGACUGAAAGUGCUUGGAUGUGGCUGCCAUUUCUGACGCGGUGCUGGAGGUCGGCUACGCGAUGGGGUGUGGGGGGUUUCCAAGGGUGACUCCACGGUGGUGGGUGAAGCGGCGAACGGGCGGCACGUGGGAGGAUCUGCGGCAAUGUGAUGACGCAACGGAUAAUUACUUCAAGGAGAAGCUUCGAAUGUCGCCUCAUGUUUUCCGCGAGAUCGCGGAGACUCUUUCCCAACUCCUUCAACGCCGUGUGACGUUCUACAGGGUGCCUUUGCAGCCAGACCACAUCAUUGCCUAUGCACUGUACAGGUGGGCCACGGGGGAGACGUACGACAGCGGGACGUGUAGCUUCGUCAUCGGGAGGGCUUCCGGCAUCACGGCGGUGCGUGACGUCACGGCGGCGUUGCUGACUGCUUACCCCGACCAGAUAUCAUGGCCCACAGGUUUGCAGAAGGCGGUCGUGUUGCGCGCCUUCGCUGACAAGGGGUUUCCAAACUGCCAUGGGUGCAUUGACUGCACACAUAUCUACAUCGACAAACCCGCAAACGCCAACGGUGAGGACUACUGCGACAGAAGACGUCGAUUCUCCGUGCAGGCGCAAGUGGUGGUCGACAUGAACUUGCGUGUGCUGGACGUCUUCGUCGGUUAUCCGGGGAGUGUGCAUGACAUGAGGAUGCUGAAUCUGUCGAGUUUGUGGGUGCGCGCGGAGUCAGGACAACUUUUCACUCGACCGCAUGUGAUGCUGCCUUUCGGUGUGCGGACUAAUGGCUACUUGCUCGGCGACAACGGUUAUCCGCAGUCGGAAUGGAUAGUCAUCCCUUACGGCGGUCUCGCGCAACACCCGACGGAGGCACGCUUCGACAACAAACAGAAGACGGCCAGGGGAGCAGUGGAGAGGGUGUUUGGCAGACUGAAGGGGAUGUGGAGGUUGUUCCUCCGCACCCACAAGUGCAACAUGGACAGCUUGCCGCAACAAUUCGUCGCCGUCCGCAUCCUCCACAACAUACUCAUCGACGCCGGCGUCCCGUUUGACGACAAUCUGUUGUGGGAGGUGGGUCCAGACGGCGUGCGUCGUAGAGUGGAUCUGGGGAUGCAUCAGCCAUUGAGGCCAGUGUGCAUGGAGUCUUCGACGGGGGAUGCGCUGAUAUUGAGGGACGCGUUGGCGGAGCGGAUGAUUGCGCAGAUACGUACUUUGAUAAUGGAGGAUGUCUCGCCUACAGAAGAUCUUGAUGGUGAGCAAGAUGAUGAUCACGAUGCGCUUCGCCACUAUGCAAAUACCUGUGCUGUGUGUGAGAGCUGGGAUUCUGAAAAAGAGACGGCUCGUGCUGGUGUUGUGCUUGAGUGCGAGGAGUAUGAGGGAGGGGCAGAAGGACGGUGGGGUAAACUGAUGGCACUCUCUAACCAGGUUGAGGAUGAGAGUGCAGUUGGCGAAGGCAAGGGAGAGAGGGAUUAUGACGAUGAUGACGCGGGUGAGUGGGAGGUCGGGGAUAAGAGUGGAUUUGACGAUGGAGAGGGGGAAUACGCCACUUACGACACAGCGAAGUGGGAAGGGGAGUGGGGGCUAGUCGCAACGGUCGAAAUGGCGGCAGCGGCAACGGCAACAGGUACAACAACAAGAGGGGAGGUGGAGUAGGGGUUGGAAGAGGAGAGACAGGGUAUGGGUGGGACUGGCGAGAAGGGUGGGAAGGUCGACAACAACAAUGCCAAUUACAACAACGACUACAAUAACAAUAGCAUCUUCAUGAACGGUUGCGAGUGUAGCAUGGGCGAACUGGGUGAGAUAGGUGUGAUGGAGGAUAACAACAACAACGAUAACGACAACGACAACGACAACAACAACAACAACAACAACAACAACAGCAACGACGACACCAACGACAUGGAGGGGAGGGGAGAGAGCGCUGAUAACGUUGAUAGCAGCAACAACAACAACAAAGAUGGCGAAAACCA